UCCAAGUCUGGUGCCAUGUGGACUCUGCUGCUGCUGCUGCACGCGCUGCACAAACCACCCGCGCGCACCGAGAGAGGAGGCUGCACGGAUAGCUGCGUCCCACUCCUGACGCAAACAUCUUUACAUCCUGCAACACACGGAGCUGACUCCUGAUCGCUCACACCUUGACUUUAUCACAGCUUUCUCAUUCAGAGCGGAGGGGAGCUGCGCGGACAUUAGAGGUGAGUUUGGAAACUGAUCAGAACAGGAGAACAUUUGAGACUGUUUUUGUCACUGCGAGCGACCGAGAAACUCUGUUUACGCUUUUUAAAAACACAUAUUUUCAGAACAUUAACGCACUUUUAUCAGCAAAAGGCUUAAGAUGCAACCAGUCCUUAUUAGUGUAAUGUAAUCUCAAGUGCUAUGAAAUCUAUUCUCCCUCAUUUAUAACAAUAUUAAGUCUGUUUUUAUUUUGAGUCAGUCUCUUGAAGUUAAAAAUAGGAUACAAGCAUAUUUAUCCUGUGACUGUUUCCUAUCUAUGUUUCUAUAUUCAGUAGAUUCAACAACCUAAUAUUAAAAGUAGAGUUUUGGUUGUUUAAGAUGUCUAAUUUUGUUUUUUAUUUCUUCAACACAAACUCUCAUAUUAAUGCCAAACCUCGUCUCUGUAGCUUCCAGGCCUCCAAGGAUGGACUCCAUACCUGCAGGACGAGACUCCAGCUCUUCGCCAAGCUCCAAACAGGAACUUUCCUACUCCAGCACCAAGAACUUAAAGCCCAACCAGGUGGGGGAGACGGUGCUGUACGGAAUACCCAUCGUGUCUUUGGUGAUCGACGGCCAAGAGAGACUUUGUCUAGCACAAAUAUCCAACACUCUUCUUAAGAAUUAUAGCUAUAACGAGAUCCACAACCGGCGUGUGGCGCUGGGGAUCACCUGCGUGCAGUGCACUCCUGUCCAGCUGGAGAUCCUGCGGAGAGCCGGGGCGAUGCCCAUCUCCUCCCGGCGCUGCGGGAUGAUCACCAAACGCGAGGCUGAGAGACUCUGUAAGUCGUUUCUUGGAGCUCACUCGCCUCCGAAACUUCCAGAAAAUUUUGCCUUUGACGUGUCUCAUGAAUGCGCGUGGGGAAGCAGAGGCAACUUCAUCCCCGCCAGGUACAACAGCUCGAGGGCCAAGUGCAUCAAGUGCUCCUACUGCAACAUGUAUUUUUCUCCUAAUAAAUUUAUCUUUCACUCACAUCGCACGCCAGAGUCCAAGUACACUCAGCCAGACGCUGCUAAUUUUAAUUCGUGGAGGAGGCAUCUGAAAUUAGCAGACAAAGGCAGCCCCACUGAUAUUUUACACGCGUGGGAAGAUGUGAAGGCCAUGUUCAAUGGGGGCAGCCGGAAGAGGACUCUGCCAGGCAGUGGGUCAGGCUCCAGCUCUCCGUUAAAACCACUUGGACCCAAUCGUCCUCGAGAGUCACCGGAGAUCCCUUCAAAGAUCCUCAGCUGCGAGGACACCCGGGGCAGCUUACCGAGCGCGCGCAGUUACCCGGUCAUCCCCGUGCCCAGCAAAGGUUUCGGGAUGCUGCAGAAGAUCCCCCCGCCGCUUUUCCCCCAUCCGUACGGCUUCCCUGCGUUCGGCCUGUGCCAGAAGAAAGACGAGAGUAUGAUGGGAGAGCAGAGCAAAGCGGGCCUGCCUGGUGUGUUGUGGCCUGGUACCAAGGACAGCGCCUACCACUCCUUCCCCAUGUUCUGGCCCGCGGCGGGUGCCCUACCCAUCCCACCGUACCACCAGACCCAACACAAACCCCCGUCCGAGCUCCUGUGCCCCCCCAGACAGACUGACAUGGACAUAUCCGAGCACAGCGACCGCAGCACCAGCUCCUCCAAGGACAGCCUGGUGGAGAACGAGCGCUGCUCCAGCACUCAGUCCACGCGGAACGAAGACGACAAGUCUGGGGACGAGGCGAGGCCGCUGGAGGGGAUGAUGGCCCACGCACCCCGGAAGAUCAGCUACGUGUCCGCGUUCAGGCCUGUGAUCAAAGACGCGGAAUGUAUCGCGAAGUUGUACGGAAACAGAGGCGCUUUCAUCGGCUCUCGCACCGGCUAUCUAUCACCUGACUUUUUAAGCGAGAGCUCGAGCUACCGGUCCAUGUCCCCGUGCGUGGACAGCGAAGGCGAGCCGGACGUGGACGUGGAGACGAAUAAAACAGCGGAGGAAGAGGAGGAGAACUCCCGGCCUCUGCCCUCGGUGUGUCCGCGGAGUCCUCCCCCCGGCCUGCCUCACAGUGCUUCCCCAAACGGGUCCGAGUCGACGGGCCUGCACGAGAGCAGCGUGGUGGAGUCCCAGAAAAUGAGCGUGCACGUGGGCCAGUCCUCUGACAGAGAGCUGCACAACAAGCAGCUGACAGAGAGCCACGCUGCUGCAACUUUCUCUGAAGUGAGUGACUUCUGACAGAGACACACCGGUGAUAAACACGAGCUGUCUUAUUUCACUGUCCCCUCCUGCACGUGGGUUUCUUUAUUUGGCUUGUGUGUGAGUUUUUAACAGCUACAUUUUUAAAAUCUUAGUGGGUGAUUUGUCUUUUAUUUUUUGCACAUUAGCAGCAAAUGGCGUGUCCAAAAACCUAUGCUUUAAAUAAAAAUAUAUGCACUCCAAUUGAGAGUUUAUUUCCAGUUCUUCAUUUUGGGUGAUUGUUUUGUUCUGCAGGUGUUCACACCGGAGAGAGCUGAGCUGCAACAAAGGAGCAGCCCCUAUCAUUUCAGACCUGCACACUACCACACCGGAGUACUUACAACUCAUGGUUAGACUUUUUUUCCCCCUGCUUUUUUUUUUUGAAAAAUCUUGCUGCAUUUAAAAUAAAAGUAAAAGAAAAAAAACACAAUUGCAUCGAUUUUUCUCCUUUUAAGAUGAGAGUUCAAAUAAGGAGGAGCCGUCUUCCACAGUGGAGGAGAUCGAAACCAAAUCUUUUCAUGAACAAAGCGAGGAGAGCCAGCGUGAGACAGAGGAGGGUGAGUUACACCAAGAUCAGGCAGGAGGGGUUUUUUAUUCAUCUUCAUGCUGUCAUUAUUAUUAUAAGAUCCGCUUCAGGGGGAUUUACAUCAACUUUUUUUCUUCGACAAAGAGAGAUCAACUUUAUUAUUUUUGUGCGUAUUUAGGAGAAGACGUGCAAGUCAGAGCUCAGCCAGCACAAAGCGCCAUAGAAGGUCUGGCAAAAGGUAAGAAGUGUCUGUUACAUAAAAAUAUAAAUACCAAAAUCUUUCUUAAUUUAUUAUUUUUAAAAAAUAAGAAUAUGUGAUAAUUACUGCCCUUAAAAAUAGAAAAGUGUCUUAGAGGGCAGAAGUGAGUUCUUGUCCUCAAGCCUCCUCCUCUGUCUCUGUCUGCUUUUAGAGGAACUCCAGAAGCAGCUGUUAGAGCAGGUCGAGCUGAGGAAAAAACUGGAACGUGAAUUUCAGCACCUGAAAGGUAAGUUUGGUCCUUCAACAAUGUUUUUUUCUUCCUGGCUCAUGUUGUGUUUUCAUUUUGUCAUGUUUGUUGGUCAGGACCUUUAAUAUGACAUGUCUAAAUCCACCACAAACAUACCAGUUGGUUUAGGUACAUGAUUUUCUUCAUCUUUAGAAAUAGUUUCUCUGUGAGGAAAAAUAAAAUGUACAAUGUUUGUUGCUCAGUUUCAUGGACAGAAACUGUGAAAGGGGUAAUAAACACACACUGAAAUACUAUAGACCAACAUAAAAAAAAAUGAAUACCCAAAUCACACAUGAAGGCUGAGGAGAAGAUAUUGUUUCUUGAUUUAACUCAUUGACUGAAAGUUGUCUGAUUCAAAGAGUUACAUGAAUAGUCAUGCAGAAAGUUUCCAAGGGAAAGCCCAGAGGGUUGCUCUGUGUGAAACACUAGAAGGUGUAUCCAUGCUCAUAUCAAUCAGCGUUUGACCUGCUCAACUCCUGCCACAUUGUUCAUGGUACAAAUUCUAGAUUUCAGGACAAAGGAAAAACAAUCCAAUCAUGAAUCCUGAACACUGUCCACCAGCUUUUUGAAAGGCUUAAUAACACAGCAGCCUUUUCAUGUUUUGUUUUUUUCAAACUUCACAUUGCAAAAAGUGCAAUAAAUAACUAAUAUUAUAUCAGCAAUGAACCAUAAAGCUGUGAUUUUUAAAUUCAUUUUACUCAUGCAAAACUCAGAUAUUCUAAAUGAGAAAAAAAUCUCUGUUGUAAAAGUAAAAGUGAUGAAGAAGGAUUUAUCAAAAUGUGUCAUUAUAAUUACAUAUAAUUAAAGGGCUAUCCAAUUCAUACUUUAUUAAUUCAUGGGAACAAAUAAACACUGUAUGCUGCAUCCUUGAUAUACUAAUAUUUUAACUCAAACAUACACUGAACAGAUUUCUUGGUAAGCUUUUUAAAAAUGUGUAUCCUAUUUUGUCUCGUUUUAAUGAGCCCCCAUCAUAUCUUCCAGGUAAUUAAUUUAGGACCAUAAAGACUGAGCAUAGUCCAUUAUUAUGAUUAUUAUUUUCCUUUAUUAUUAUUAUUAUUAUUAUUAUUAUUAUUAUUAUUAUUACUAUCUUAAUCCGAAAUUGUAUUUUUUAAUCUUGUCUUAGUAAAAGCUUUACUUAAACUGUAUUAUGGAAAUUACCUCCUUGAAUUUUCCUACAUUUUAUUCAACUUUAGUCUAAAUGAACUUAACUAUUGGGGCAUAUGAAUGUAAAUAAAUACACUGUGCGCACUGAUGAAUUUAAAGCAAAACAGAACUGGUUUAUCACAGCCUAUGGUCUUUGAUGUAAAUUAGUGUAUCAAACAUUUUUUCCACAUUUUGUAUCUACAUGAUAAACUCUUAAAUGGUCAAAACUUUUGGUGUUAAAGUAAAAAAUUAUAGCUUUGUCGGUAAAUGUACCAUCCAAAUACUGGAGUGAGCAAAAAACAAUAAAAGAAGUUAAUAAGAGAAGCAAUAUUUAUGUUUUUGUUUAUUUAUUGUUUUGAAAGCAUAAGAGGCGUUUUGCAUAGGCUCCUUUUAGAAAUGUGUUCUCUGUUACGUUUAUAAAACUCGAUUCAUCAUAUAUUUUUACAUUAAGCAGUAUUUUUUCCUUCUUUUUUCGAUGAGUUCUGGAUAGGUCGAAGUGAAUUGUUUUUGCAAAAUCCCAAACCAGGAUUAAAACGAGAAUCGGAUUGUUUCUCCGGUUAAUUAGCUAUAGUACCAGAGUCGUUUUAUUUCGAAGCCGCAGAGUUAGUGUGAGGAGUCUGUGUCCUUUGGCUUUAUCGUGCCAACAGCGCCCUCUACAGGAAGGUCACGCUUGAAACCAUGGUAAUAUAAGUGAGGGUGAACAGUGAAGCCUGUUUAAAAAGAACGUUUCAGGGCAUUUUUAUCCCUGUAAACAAACCAAGUCUUUCAGUUUACGAAUGUUAUUAUUUCGUCUCUGAGUUAGAUAUUUUUGACAAAGGCAUGGGGCUUAGCUGUCCCAGGUUGUGUUAACCAUUCUGGUCUAUAUCGAUGCUGUAACGCAGCUUAAAAGCCUGUGUGUGUUUUUAAAUAUAUCACCGACUUACAUUCAUUUUUGCGAUUCAUUCCUGCAGAUAAUUUUCAGGAUCAGAUGAAGAGGGAGCUGUCAUACAGAGAGGAGAUGGUUCAGCAGCUCCACAUCGUCAGAGGUGAGAGAAAUAAAGCAGAGGGAAAGAGCCGAGCUGCCAAUACCCCAACUUUCACUGGAGAUAUAGCCGAUACAUUUUCCCUCGUGAUCGAUGAUCGGCUGUGAUUAAUAUCGCCUGUGUGUAUUCGAUAUCUUCGUUAUAUGAAGGGUAGCCAGUGUGAGAAUGAGGCCUCUGAAAUUCACGUGUAAAACUUUCAGUAGGUGAACAAACACUUUUCUUGAACAGUUUUCAAAUUUAAGCAUAAAUAUGAACUUUGCUCUGCCACAGUCUGUUUUGCAAAAGAAUACGAUGUUGGUCCUUCAUAAUUGUGAUCGGAUAAAUAUGCAUCUUCGUAUUUAUCCGAUACUUCACAGUUCGAUAAAAAGCCAAAUCCCUGCUGCUGUCAAUUAAAUUCAUGCACCAGUUUAUAUUCUGACUCCAGAGACUCAUAGUCAGGCUUACACUGUCAGCCAGAGCAUGGCCCUGAAUUAGUAAUGCAACAGAUGAAAUACAUGUCAACAUCUUUAAAUGAAUCGGAUUGAAACUCUCAUGCUGGUACACUUUUGAUGUUGUAUCUCCUUCCUCUCAGAAGCUCACGACGCCUUGCACCACUUCUCCUGUAAGAUGUUGACUCCUCGCCACUGCAGCGGAACCUGCUCCUUCAAAUCUCCUCUUCUUCCACCUUGAUCGGCUCCCGUUUAACAGACAAAUAAGGACUCAUCUGUACAUCUGCAGCUUCGAGAAAUCUCCGUGGACCCUUUGAGGGAUGAAAGCUGACAAACUUGUAAUUACUUGUAAAUUUUAAAAUAUGUAACUUCACACUGAGCAUUCAUGUAACUAUCUUGCAAACUGUGAAUUUGUUUUACUGAAAUAAUAACCCACCAUUGAUAUAUCUAUUAUUUAUGGCAAAGUGCAAUGACAAUGUAUUUAUCCUGUGGUAGUUCUAUGUUAUAGAUUGUUGUUUGGGUUUUUUGUUGUCAUUAAUAGCUUUUCUGAUAGCCAAUCUUCGCUCAUAAUACUUUCAGUAUUGUGUUUUAGCUCAUAAUACUCACAGCAUUGUGUUAGCCUAUCUAUUUUUGCUGUGUUUUGUGUCUUUGCAGGCCAGUAUAGCUCACUUUGGAUAUUAUGCACUUUAAACAGGUGAUUGGAUCUCCCAUGAAAAGCGUGUGCAUUGAAUAAGACCACUAGGCCUACUAUAAUUAUUUAAAAUGAGCAAAACCUAUAUUCCUGUUUGGUUUUAAAGACUUUAGAAACACUGGAGUUAGUGGGCUAAACUAGUAGGCCACACCCAAGACUUUGUAACAUAGCGACAUAUUCUAUUAAAAAUAUCAUAUUUGUUCAUGCAACAUUUGUUUUCAUCACUGAUAAAUAAAUAAUUUUAUUAAAAGAUAA